CAGAGGGCGAGUAUAAACGCUCGAGCGGUGGGCAUAAUUAACAUAGCUGGGCAUUCGUGUUUACUAUCACGAACAGAAGAAAAGCUUUUACAGUCCUGGCAAUGGUCAAGCGAACUAAUGCUCACUGCAGCCUAAGGCUAGACCAAUCAUGUAUAUUUCUACCACACCCAGACGAAAAUGAUAGUGGCUGUUCAAUAUCGGGAACACUUUUUCUCUCCUUUCCGCAGGAUGCUGCGGUCAAAAACAUAUCAGUGCAAGUGCGAGGGAUUAUCAAACUGCGAUUUAAUGAAUCCGGGUUUUUUCCAUCUCACCAUGAAUGGAUCACACUAGACGAGCGACACUCCCUGGCCUCUUCCAAAAAAAUGAACUUCUUUAUGAUGCCUGCAGGAGACUACGAGUUUCCAUUUAACAUACCCCUAGAUGAGCACACGAUUGAGACUAUUCGAGGGCCCAGUCAGAACCAACACACGUACCAGGUCCAUGGCAUUGUGGAAAGAAGGCUGGGCAAAGAUAUUAUUGUAUCGGAGCCCAUCGGCAUUUACAAAUCCCCAGCAGUACCACUGGGUUUUAUGAUGUCCAGCCCGGCUGUUAGUACUUGGCCUCGCUUUCCUUUAGUCGAAGGAUCUCUGGGUGACUUGGUUCAAUACAACGUCUCGAUUCCCGAUGUCAAUAUCCCCUUUGGGUCGACAUUCCCAGUCAAGUUCUCACUGGUUCCAUUGUCGAAGGAUAUAUCCUUGGGAACCAUCACACUCGAAGUCGUGGAGGAACACAAGAUUAAAAUAGAUGCUCCCGCAGCAUAUUCUGCGCGGUAUAAUAUACGCCACUUAGCGUCGAAGGCAAAACAUGUUAUUCUGGCCGAACAGCAUGAGCCAGAUGACUACGUGAGCGAAAGGCCGGAGGUUUUCGAAAUUGAAUGGUGUACAGCGAAGAAGGUAUCUCUUCCACGGGAUUUUGCAUCUUGCACCCAAAGUGUGCAGACGGGAGUCUUCAAAAUUAACCACCUUCUGGCGGUUACGAUUACAGUGAAGGAUGCAAGGGGCGGGUUGUCAAUGAUCAAAGAAACCAUACCGUUCAAGAUCGCCAUGUCACCUUACGUUAUAGGGCAAGAUGGCACCAUCUACAGUGUUGAUAUGGAAGAACUGGAGCAUGAUUCCAGCCCCAGUCCACCAGUAUAUAAUGACCACAAGAAGGACGUAUUGCUGGCUGGUUAUCAGCAAGUUACCGAGACAUCUACCGAAGAUCUGCUAUAUAGAUUGAGACACCACGCACAUACACCCGACACUUUUCGCUUCGACAGUAACGAAUUCGGCUCUCCGCCGGAUUAUGAACUCCUGGUAGCCAAUAAUCCGUGAACAAGCCUAGCCCUGACCGGAAGGAAACACGUUCACCGGUAUUACAGCAGGAAAAGUUCACAGGGGAUUCCCAGCAGCUGGCUGCAUUCAUGCAGGAACAUUCAGGACUCGAGC